AUGGACCAUCUGGAGAAGGACAACAAGUUGCAACAAAGGGAUGAGCAGGAACAAGCAUUGUUUAUUGUUGCUGAAGAAGUCACAGAAGUGUUCUACACAAACAAGAACACCUGCUGCAAAAACACCUGCUGCAAAAACACCUGCUGCAAAAACACCUGCUGCAAAAACACCUGCUGCAAAAACACCUGCUGCAAAAACACCUGCUGCAAAAACACCUGCUGCAAAAACACCUGCGAGAACACCUGCUGCAAAAACACCUGCUGCGAGAACACCUGCUGCGAGAACACCUGCUGCGAGAACACCUGCUGCGAGAACACCUGCUGCAAAAACACCUGCUGCAAAAACACCUGCUGCAAAAACACCUGCUGCAAAAACACCUGCUGCAAAAACACCUGCUGCAAAAACACCUGCUGUGAGAACACCUGCUGUGAGAACACCUGCUGUGAGAACACCUGCUGUGAGAACACCUGCUGCGAGAACACCUGCUGCGAGAACACCUGCUGCAAAAAUACCUGCUGCGAGAACACCUGCUGCAAAAACACCUGCUGCAAAAACACCUGCUGCAAAAACAACUGCAGCAAGAACACCUGCUGCGAGAACACCUGCUGCGAGAACACCUGCUGCGAAAACACCUGCAGCAAAAACAACUGCAGCUCACUUACACCAUUUGCUCAGCACUACGAGUGGCAGUCACAGUCGCCAGACUUCUCCUCCAGCAUCUGGCUGGCGUUCUGUGCUUCGCUAUUCUGGGAAAGAUGGUUGCAAAGGGCUAAUUUGAAAGUGCUAUUGGAUUGGCUAAGCCAACAGUUUCAAUACUGUUUCAGUGGAAUAAGUACAAUAGAGCAGUAA